AUUUCCUUUUGAUUUCUACAAGUGAAAAUGUUGACUAGAGCCAUCGGACGAGUUCGAAUUCCUGUGUCGAGGAUUCAGGGAUCGAAUAAUUCGAGUGGGUUUUUAAAAGAUUCGAAAUUGGGUCCGAUUGGUGUUUCCUGUAGAAGAUGGUUAUCGAUCGAGAGCGGGAAACGCUUUGCGGCGAUGUGGGGAAGUGGAGAUUACGGCAGAUUAGGGCUCGGAAACUUGGAUUCUCAGUGGACACCUGCCGUUUGCUCUGCCUUGAGUGAUCACAGUAUCAGAGCUGUCGCUUGCGGCGGAGCUCACACUCUGUUUCUCACCGGGAGAAGAAUUGUGUUGACUGUUGAGCUGAGAAAUGCGGAGAAUUGGCAUCUCAACGACUUUGCUGAGAUUGAGUCAUUCGCAGCUAUGAUCUUGAUGGUUCUAGCUGCAAAUAAUCUAAUUUCAGCAGUAUCUGAUUGUCAGCUUACACAUGUGACAGAAACGAGGAGAGUCUUUGCUACGGGUCUUAAUGAUUGUGGUCAACUUGGCGUAUCAGAUGUUAAAAGUCAUGCUAUGGACCCACUUGAAGUUUCUGGACUAGAUAAGGAUAUUCUGCACAUCUCAGCUGGUUAUUAUCACUCCGCUGCUAUUACAGUUGAUGGAGAACUCUACAUGUGGGGAAAGAACUCAAGUGGACAGCUUGGACUGGGAAAAAAGGCUGCAAGAGUGGUACGUGUACCAACUAAAGUGCAAGCUCUGCAUGGAAUCACCAUACAAUCCGUGGCUUUGGGUUCAGAGCAUUCAGUUGCUGUUACUGAUGGAGGUGAAGUCCUGAGUUGGGGAGGAGGGGGCUCUGGAAGACUUGGCCACGGUCACCAGUCCAGUCUUUUUGGCAUCUUAAGAAGUAACAGUGAGUUUACUCCAAGGCUUAUCAAGGAACUUGAGGGGAUCAAGGUUAAAAAUGUUGCUGCUGGUCUGCUGCAUUCAGCAUGCACUGAUGAGAAUGGCUCUGCUUUCAUGUUCGGAGAGAGAUCUAUAAACAAGAUGGGCUUCGGAGGAGUAAGAAAUGCCACAACACCAUCGAUUAUCAGUGAAGUACCCUAUGCAGAAGAAGUUGCUUGUGGUGGCUACCAUACAUGUGUUGUUACAAGAGGUGGGGAGCUUUACACCUGGGGAUCAAACGAAAAUGGGUGCCUUGGAACAGAUUCAACAUAUGUCUCACACUCACCUGUGAGAGUUGAAGGUCCUUUCUUGGAGUCUACUGUAUCUCAGGUAUCUUGUGGGUGGAAGCACACUGCAGCUAUUUCAGAUAACAAGGUCUUCACCUGGGGCUGGGGAGGCUCUCACGGCACAUUCUCUGUUGAUGGACAUUCCUCUGGUGGACAAUUGGGCCAUGGUAGUGAUGUAGACUAUGCAAGACCAGCAAUGGUGGACUUGGGAAAGAAUGUAGGAGCAGUGCAUAUAUCUUGUGGCUUCAAUCAUACAGCAGCAGUUCUUGAACAUUUUUGAAGACUCAGUCUCAAUUUCAUACCAUAUACAGAUGUUUUGUUAAAAUUCUUGCUUAAACUUGAGUGAGGAGAUUGUACAUCGGUUCAACUCUAUAGAAAGAACCUUGUGGAACUGGUUUUGUAAGAAUGACCGAAAGGAUAAUAUAUACAGAAGAAGAAGACGAAUAAAAGUGCAAAUUCAAC